CUGCCGGAGCCGGAGCCGCCACGGCGAUGAUGAAGGGCGCGCCGGCCAGCCCCGUGGCCGGCGCCACUCUGCAGGAGAGUUUUGGCUGCGCCGUCGCCAACCGCUUCCACCAGCUGCUAGACGACGAGUCCGACCCUUUCGACAUCCUCCGCGAGGCCGAGAAGCGCAAACAGCAAGGCAAGAAGCGCGAGGAAGCCUCCCCCCUCUCAGCCAGUAGGAAGCCCGGCCCGGGCGGAGCCGCCGCCGCCGCCGCCUCCUCCGUGGCUGCCAGAAGAGAGUCGCAGAAGGAGCGCAAGGGCUCUCCGUUCGUGCCGCUGGAGAGUCCUCCGGCACUCGGCCAAAAACGAGCUCCAAAAAGAGGAGAACAGCAGGGAUGGAAUGACAAUAGAGGUACCGAGAUAAAGCAAGAUAAAGCUGAAUGGAGACCUUCUUUCAGGGAAUACCGUCCUCAUGAAAUGGAAAGGCAAGCAGAAUUUACACUAGACAGACCAUUAGAACGGCUUGAUCGGGAAAGGCCAAUGAGAGGCCGAGGGGGAGGAAGAGGUGGAAUGCGAGGCAGAGGAAGAGGUGGUGGAAUGAACAGGACUUUCAAUGGCUUUGACCAGAGAGGGAAACGGGAAUUUGAACGGCAGAGCGGGAGUGAUAAAACAGGAAUCCGAGCAGAAGACAAAAAGGGUGGAAGUGGUGCUCGCAACUGGGGAGCAGUGAAAGAUGAUCUGAGUGAGAUGGAUCAGACUGCUCCUAUGGAAGAGACUGCAGAACAAGAAGAGCAUCCAGGAGCACCAGAGGACGAAUCUCCAACCAAAGUUGCUGAAGGGGAGCCUGUGGAAGAAGUAGUUCAAGAGAUGACAUUGGAUGAAUGGAAAAAUCUCCAGGAACAAAACCGACCCAAGCCUGAAUUCAACAUCCGGAAGCCUGAAACCGUUGUUCCUUCCAAAGCAGUGGUAAUUCACAAAUCAAAAUACAGAGAUGAUGAUGUGCUGAAGGAGGAUUUUGAGGAUGACACCCACUUUUUCCGCAAAGCAGCCAAUGACAUCACUUCUCAGCUGGACAUUAAUUUUGGAAACCUGCCCCGACCUGGGCGUGGAGCCAGAGGAGCUCGAGGAGGCCGAGGGCGUGUCCGGAGAGUAGAGGACUUGGGGCCCAGGCCAGAAGUGACGAUGCACAUCACCGCUCCAAAUCCUGACGACCCUGACGAUUUCCCUGCUUUAGCUUGAAAGAACUGAAUAACAACACUUCAGAAGCAGCUGUGAAGACACGAACCAGUUCUGUGUUGCGGUUGAAAAGAAUCAUCCAAGUCUACAAAGAGAAAUGACUUUUGUGUGAAUUUUGCACUUCUAUUGAGUUAAGGGCUUAGACACACCCA